AUGGACUUCGACACUUUCGAUACUGCUGGUCUUGGCCUCACAGCAGAGUCUACUGACAUCACCUGCGAUGUAGUGGAUCGGCCGGAUUCGCCUACCAUACUGCACCCCGAACUUCCUCGAUUGGAACAAGUCGUUCAGCCCUUUUUGCCUCAACUUGAAUCCCCUGUUUUCCAACCAGCACAAGCCGAAUACGUUGCUCCUACCCAGCCUUCACUGGAUUCGGCACCUAUACCUGAGGCCACGUCAAUCCCUUCUGAUGGCUUGUUCGGCGGUUCCAAACGAUGCGUACUCCUACUUGCAGAUGGCACCAAGCUCAUCUUUGAUCAGAGUGAGGUACCGCCGACAGAACCCUUUCGUUAUGCAUCAGAUAUCCAGCGGCUGAUCAACAGCUGGGAUGACGCAAGCUCAGAGUGGAACCCGCCCAGCAGUUAUCCGAUCUCCAUUCAAGGAUGCGCGAUUCCGAUCAAAUUCUGGAAAAUACUGUACAAGCAUAAUCGGACGACCGGGGAGGAAUGGAAAAGAUUGAAAAAUGCUUGGAACAAUUGGCGGUUUUUUAUGGAGCGUUACCAAGCGUUGGGACCAGAAGCCUUUUGGACCCGAUACUCCAAUGCUCGGGGACAAAGGUUAUCCUAUUCCCGAAUCUCGAAACACUUGCGGGACGAACGAAAGGCCAAUGAUGAGAACUUAGUAAAGAGAUUGCGGCAGGAGUAUGGCAACAGAUUCGAAGCUGAGUUUGGCUACUAUGACAAGAAUAAAAAAUGGGUUCCCAUGACAAGUGACUCAAAGAUUGCACGGCGGUAUAGGAAGAAGAUGGGAUUGGGAUCAGAGGAGGAUGAUGAUGAAGAUGACUAG